UGACGCGGCAGCGCCGCGGCUCCUCCGCCGGCCGAGUCGCACAAUUAUGAGAAAGAGGCGCCGGGCCGAGACCGCCGCCAGCCCUGAGUCCCGGUGCGGAGCCGAACCAGCGCCGUCCUCCGCGUCCCGCGCCUCCCUUCGUCCCCGGAGCGUCGUCCUCGCCCGGCCGCUCCCCACCCAGCCCUCCGCUGCCGCCGAGCCCAGCCCCGAUAGAUGGAGACAGGCCCCGCCACCGCCGACGCCGAACCACGAGCAGGAGCUGCCCGGCGGGAGGAGAACCAGAGUCGGCGCCGAGACCCAGCCCGGCCCUGAGGAGAAUGUCCCAGAAAUCCUGGAUAGAAAAUACUUUCACGAAGAGGGAGUGUGUGUACAUUAUACCGAGUUCAAAAGACCCCCACAGAUGCCUUCCAGGAUGUCAGAUUUGUCAGCAACUUGUCAGGUGCUGCUGUGGCCGCUUGGUCAGACAACAUGCUUGUUUCACUGCCAGUCUGGCUGUGAAAUACUCCGAUGUGAAGCUGGGUGAGAGCUGCACUCAGGAAAUAGAAGAAUGGUCCGUGGAAAAACACACAGAACAGACCUCUACUGAUGCUUAUGGUGUCAUCAACUUUCAAGGUGGCUCUCAUUCUUACAGGGCUAAGUAUGUGCGAUUGUCAUAUGACACUAAGCCUGAAGCUAUUCUGCAACUUAUGCUCAAAGAAUGGCAGAUGGAGUUGCCAAAGCUUGUUAUAUCUGUCCAUGGGGGCAUGCAGAAAUUCGAACUUCACCCACGCAUCAAACAGUUGCUUGGCAAAGGUCUUAUCAAAGCUGCAGUGACCACAGGGGCCUGGAUUAUAACUGGAGGAGUGAACACAGGUGUUGCAAAACAUGUUGGUGAUGCUCUAAGAGAACACGCUUCCAGAUCAUCUCGAAAGAUUUGCACUAUUGGGAUUGCUCCGUGGGGAGUGAUUGAAAACAGAAACGACCUUGUUGGAAGAGAUGUGGUUGCUCCAUAUCAGACCUUGUUAAAUCCAUUAAGUAAACUAAACGUCCUAAAUAACCUCCAUUCCCAUUUCAUUCUGGUGGAUGAUGGAACAGUUGGAAAGUAUGGAGCAGAAGUUAAACUGCGAAGAGAACUGGAAAAAACUAUUAAUUUGCAACGGAUCCAUGCAAGAAUUGGCCAAGGUGUGCCUGUGGUGGCACUUGUGUUUGAAGGUGGCCCCAAUGUCAUCCUCACAGUUCUGGACUUCCUUCAGGAGAGCCCCCCAGUGCCUGUGGUGGUGUGUGAAGGAACUGGCAGAGCUGCAGACAUCCUGGCCUAUGUUCACAAGCAGACAGAGGAGGGGGGGAAUGUUCCUGAGGGUGCUGAGCCUGAAAUCAUUUCAACCAUCAAAAAGACAUUUAACUUUGGUCAAAGUGAAGCAGUUCAUUUGUUUCAGACACUGCUGGAAUGCAUGAAAAAAAAAGAACUUAUUACAGUAUUUCAUAUUGGGUCAGAUGAGCAUCAGGACAUUGAUGUUGCAAUACUUACAGCUUUGUUAAAAGGCACGAAUGCAUCUGCAUUUGACCAGCUUGUUCUUACACUUGCCUGGGACAGAGUUGACAUCGCCAAAAAUCAUGUUUUUGUUUAUGGGCAACAAUGGCUGGUUGGCUCCCUGGAACAGGCUAUGCUGGAUGCCCUUGUGAUGGACAGAGUUGCAUUUGUGAAACUUUUGAUUGAAAACGGAGUAAGCAUGCACAAAUUUCUUACAAUUCCCAGGCUGGAAGAACUUUAUAACACAAAACAAGGCCCAACUAACCCAACACUCUUUCAUCUUGUUCGGGACGUCAAACAGGGAAAUCUUCCUCCAGGAUAUAAAAUCAACCUGAUUGAUGUGGGACUGGUUAUUGAAUAUCUGAUGGGAGGCACCUACAGAUGCACGUACACGAGGAAACGCUUCAGAGCGAUAUACAACAGCCUCAGCGGGAACAAUCGGAGAUCUGGGCGAAAUCCUUCAAGUACCACUCCUCAGAUGUGUAAAAGCCAUGAGUCUUUUGGUAACAGGGCAGACAAGAAAGAAAAAAUGCGCCAUAAUCAUUUCAUCAAAACCGCGCAGCCGUACAAACCAAAGAUUGACACUGGUGCAGAAGAGGGAAAAAAGAAAAGAACCAAAGAUGAAAUAGUUGACAUAGACGACCCUGAAACGAGACGUUUUGCUUAUCCUCUGAACGAGCUGUUGCUGUGGGCAGUGCUGAUGAAGAGGCAGAAGAUGGCCCUGUUCUUCUGGCAGCACGGCGAGGAGUCCAUGGCCAAAGCGUUGGUGGCUUGCAAAGUCUACCGGUCCAUGGCUUAUGAGGCGAAACAAAGUGACCUUGUUGAUGAUACUUCAGAAGAACUGAAACAGUAUUCCAAUGAGUUUGGUCAGCUGGCAGUUGAGCUGUUAGAGCAGUCCUUCCGACAAGAUGAAACUAUGGCCAUGAAGUUACUGACUUACGAGCUUAAGAACUGGAGCAACUCCACGUGUCUGAAGCUGGCCGUGUCCUCGAGGCUCCGUCCGUUUGUGGCACACACUUGCACACAGAUGUUGUUAUCGGAUAUGUGGAUGGGAAGGCUGAACAUGAGGAAGAAUUCAUGGUACAAAGUGAUACUGAGUAUUCUACUCCCUCCUGCUAUAUUGCUGUUGGAAUAUAAGACCAAGGCUGAAAUGUCACACAUUCCUCAGUCUCAAGAUGCCCAUCAAAUGGCAAUGGAUGACAGUGAGAACAACUUCCAGACUGCAGCAGAUGAAAUACCUAUGGAGGUUUUUAAGGAAGUGAGGAUCUUGGACAGUACUUUCGAAAAGCAUGACAUGGAGACUCCAGCAAAACCUAAAAGACUCCCAAUUACACAGAAGUUUUAUGCAUUUUAUCAUGCUCCAAUCGUGAAGUUUUGGUUUAAUACAUUGGCAUACUUAGGAUUCCUCAUGCUCUACACAUUUGUGGUUCUUGUAAAAAUGGAAGAAUUACCAUCUGUUCAGGAGUGGAUUGUUAUUGCUUAUAUUUUCACAUCAGCAAUUGAGAAAAUUCGUGAGAUUUUUAUGUCAGAGGCUGGGAAGAUUAAUCAGAAGAUCAAAGUGUGGUUCAGUGAUUACUUCAAUAUCAGUGACACAGUUGCCAUUGUCACUUUCUUCAUCGGGUUUGCGUUAAGAUUUGGAGCCAAGGGGAAUUUUGGAGAAAACACUUACAGAGAAAAUUACGUCUUUGUUGCUGGAAGAAUAACAUACUGUCUCAAUAUAAUUUUUUGGUAUGUGCGAUUACUGGAUUUUCUAGCUGUAAAUCAACAGGCUGGCCCUUAUGUUAUGAUGAUUGGGAAAAUGGUGGCCAACAUGUUUUACAUUGUGGUGAUUAUGGCACUUGUACUACUUAGUUUUGGUGUUCCCAGGAAGGCAAUACUGUAUCCUGAUGAGGCACCCUCUUGGACUCUUGCUAGAGAUAUUGUGUUUCAUCCAUACUGGAUGAUUUUUGGUGAAGUCUAUGCCUAUGAAAUUGAUGUGUGUGCAAAUAAUUCUGAUGAAAAGGUUGCUCAUCUCUGUGGCCCAGGAACAUGGUUGACCCCGUUUCUUCAAGCUGUCUACCUCUUUGUACAGUACAUAAUCAUGGUUAAUCUCCUGAUUGCAUUUUUCAACAACGUGUAUUUACAAGUCAAGGCAAUUUCAAACAUCGUGUGGAAGUAUCAGCGCUAUCAUUUCAUUAUGGCCUACCAUGAAAAACCUGUUCUGCCUCCACCACUGAUCAUUCUUAGCCACAUGGCUUCCCUGUUCUGCUGUAUAUGUAAAAGAAGAAAGACAGACAAGGCUUCAGAUGGGCCAAAGCUCUUCCUGACAGAAGAAGAUCAGAAGAAACUUCAUGAUUUUGAAGAGCUGUGUGUUGAGAUGUAUUUCAAUGAAAAGGAUGAUAAAUUUCAUUCUGGAAGCGAGGAGAGGAUUCGAGUCACAUUCGAACGGGUGGAACAAAUGUGCAUUCAGAUAAAGGAAGUUGGUGAUCGUGUCAACUACAUUAAAAGGUCAUUACAGUCUUUAGAUUCACAGAUUGGCCACCUCCAGGAUCUGUCUGCUCUAACUGUGGAUACUCUGAAAACCCUGACAGCCCAGAAAGCUUCAGAAGCCAGCAAGGUUCAUAAUGAAAUCACCCGGGAAUUGAGCAUUUCAAAACAUUUGGCACAAAAUCUCAUUGAGGAUGGCUCUCUCAGAUCAUCUGUGUGGAAAAAGCACAGCAUUGGAAAUGUCUUUGGCUCUUUUCCACAAGGAGGCCUUGAGAGUAAUAACGCUUUACUCUGUAACAUUUCCAUCCGUGAUGACAAAGAAGUCCAGCAUAAGACAAUUGGUCAGGAGUUGGCUCUGGCUCCCCGAAGAGAAGAAAAAAACUACCAAGAGGCAGGUUCCUCAGGCAGUGCCUUAUUUUCAAAUGCUGUUUCCCCUCCAGAACUUCGCCAACGAGUACAGGCUGCAGAGAUCUCAAAAGCUAAUAAAAGUAAAAAAUUAGGCAACUCAUCCAACAGCAUGCCACAUGUAACAUCCCCAACAACAAAGUUUUUUGUUAGCACUCCAUCUCGACCCAGUUGCAAAAGUCAGCUGGAUUCUUCAGCAAAGCAUGAAGAGACUGUUUUCUCUAAGGCUACAGAAGGAGAUAAUAAUGUAGAAUUUGGUGCAUUUGUGGGUCACAGAGACAGCAUGGACCUGCAGCGGUUCAAAGAGGCAGCCAGCAAAAUGAGGGAAAGAAGUGCUGAUAUUGAGGAGCAGCAGGAAGACUUCAAAAAAGCUAUAUUGGAGGGUAUAGAGACAACCAGACUUCAAGGUCUCCAGACUGACAGUGGUCUGCAACAGUCCAGUUCCUGUGGUGGAUUCACGGACCCUCUGACAGCCCACUCAGAGCAGCUGUACAGCAAGAGCAGGAGAGCAUCCAGUGAAGACACGCAGCAAGUUGACUCUAAAGCAGCCUUACUGACGGAUUGGCUACAAGGCAGACCUUCAAAUAGCAGUCAAAUGCCGUCAGAAGAAGAUGCAUUGAAUGGCAUUGCUUCUCCUUUCAAGCCUAUCAUGGAUAUCAACUACUAUUACUCAGCUGUAGAAAGAAAUAACCUGAUGAGAUUAUCACAGAGCAUUCCAUUCACUCCUGUGCCUCCAAGAGGUGAACCGGUCACUGUGUACCGCCUUGAAGAGAGCUCGCCCAGCAUCCUGAACAACAGCAUGUCCUCCUGGUCACAGCUGGGGCUCUGUGCUAAAAUUGAAUUUUUAAGUAAAGAGGAGAUGGGAGGAGGCUUACGUCGAGCUCUCAAAGUUGUGUGCACGUGGUCAGAAUACGACAUCCUGAAAUCGGGACAUCUGUAUAUCAUCAAGUCUUUUCUUCCUGAAGUUGUGAAUACUUGGUCAAGCAUUUAUAAGGAGGACACUGUGUUGCACUUGUGCUUGAGAGAAAUUCAGCAGCAGAGAGCAGCACAGAAGCUCACCUUUGCAUUCAACCAGAUGAAGCCCAAAUCCAUCCCAUACUCUCCAAGGUUCUUGGAAGUUUUCCUGUUAUAUUGCCAUUCUGCUGGUCAGUGGUUUGCAGUUGAAGAGUGUAUGACUGGAGAGUUUAGAAAAUAUAAUAACAAUAAUGGGGAUGAAAUAAUCCCAACUAACAUGCUGGAGGAGGUUAUGCUGGCCUUCAGCCACUGGACCUAUGAGUAUACCAGAGGAGAACUGUUGGUAUUGGAUCUGCAAGGUGUUGGUGAAAAUUUGACAGAUCCCUCUGUGAUAAAAGCUGGGGAGAAAAGGUCAUACGAUAUGGUGUUUGGCCCAGCCAAUCUGGGAGAGGAUGCAAUAAAAAACUUCAGAGCAAAGCACCACUGUAAUUCCUGCUGCAGGAAACUGAAACUUCCUGAUCUGAAGAGGAAUGACUACACACCUGACAAGAUCAUAUUUCCUCAGGACGAUGCCCCUGAAUUGACGAUUCAGCCUGGAAGCUGCACCAAAGAUUCUGACCCGGCCAAUUCUAUUCGUCUGAUGCUCUGAUGAUGUGACCAACUCAGUGGCUUCAUUCAAACUUCGUGGAACCUCACAAAGUUGUCACUUACCUUUCCCUCACUAUAAUGAAAAGAAAGACUUGUCAAAACAAGGAUUACUGUCUUAUAAGUGGAAUUUUGGCUGGUCCAUAAUCUGCGGAUUUUAUGACUUGUGAUAACCAUCUACAGAGCAGCGUGGCAGCUGAUCCUUCUAAAGGUGGAAUAAUGACAAGUAUUUAAGAUGUGUUUUUAAAGGGGCUUUUUAAGCAGAAAGUUUUAUUUUUUUUUUAUUUUGGUUUAGUGGAGGAUUUUCUUCCUGUAGUCCUGUGGUGGGAAAUAUGCCUUCCACCAAAAGGAUUUUGGUAGUUGAUGUUUUGAGGUAAAGCAUUUGUCUUACUGUCAAUGAGCAAAACCAGGAGAAAGCACCUACCUCUGUAAUGCCAGAGUAUUCUUAGAGUGUUUUCAGAAGUGUUCCACUAAUAUUUUCUCACCAGGUGUCUUUUAAUCUAGCCUUUUGAAGAGGACAGAGCCAAAUGAGGUGUAUAUAGGAUGCCAAUAGACUGAAGUUGAAGGUAGGAACUUGAUCUGUUCCACAAGAGAGAGAGUCUCCUGAAUCAGGAUUCUUUCAGCUUCAUGACUGUAAAACUGGGCUUGGUUGCUUUUGUUUUGUGAAAUAGAGCCUGAAUUGUGCAUAAUGAAAUUUCUUGUUUUACACAUUUCAAUUUUAUCAAGUCACUGUCAAAUAGUAAGAAAGCCAUGAUAGACUGGUAUAAUCAUAUUUAAUAGAAGAAUUAGUUUGUGCUGGUCCAAAUAAGUUGCCUUGUAAGAACACAAGUUGGAAGUGCUUUCCCUUGUAUGUACGUAGUGACUGCUUCAGAAGUUCUGCCUUCCAAAGAUCUCCUAAAACCAGUAUAUCGAAACCGAAUGUACACAUAACUUGUAAAUGUAUUUAAAAUUGUGUAGAAAACAUCUUUAAUGUUAUGUUGUUUGUGGUACUUACUUAAGAGAGACUAGGGUUGGAUUAGCAUUGUGUAAAGUACGGGAGAUUGCAAUGCACCUUCAUGCCAAUAAAAUGUAAUUUAACUGUCCCAAAUAUUGUUGAGCAUUCAGCAAGAAAAGAACCUGUUGUCCAACUGAAGUUUCAUGCUGCGAUUUUUUUUUUUUUUUGUUACAUAGGUACUAAUUUGUAAUUUUUAAUUAAAAGGGCAGUAUAUAGCUCUAUAAAUUUUUUAUUCAGUAGUGUAUCUUAUAGAUACAGACCUAAGGCACGAACACAAUAGUUGUUUAAAUGGUGUUUUAUGUUUGAUGGGGAAAGGUAAAAUGUUAUAAGGAUAUAAUACUGUAUACAUUUUGUAUAUCAUUAAAUCUUUAAAGAAUCUAAAAUAAAUUUAUUCUUGUUUACAGA